AUGCCUGGGCCCAGGGGUCCUUUGCUCUGUCUUCUCCUCCUGCUCCUGGUCCCGCACAUCUCUGAGGGGGGACGUCCUCCUCAUCGCAGGUUUGAGUACAAGCUCAGCUUCAAAGGACCAAAGUUGGCCUUGCCUGGGGCUGGAAUACCCUUCUGGAGCCAUCAUGGAGAUGCCAUCCCAGGCCUGGAGGAAGUGCGACUGGCCCCAUCCAUGAGGAACCGGAGUGGUGCAGUGUGGAGCAAGUUCUCUGUCCCCUUCUCCGUUUGGGAUGUGGAGUUGCAGAUGAGAGUGACUGGGCCGGGGCGCAGGGGGUCCCUGGGCAUGGCUGUGUGGUACACCCAGGGCAGGGGCCAAGUCGGCUCGGUCCUGGACGGGACAGCCUCGUGGCACGGCGUUGCAAUCCUCUUCGACUCCUCGGCUGAGGACACUCAGAACAGUCCUGUCAUCCGUGUGCUAGCCAGUGAUGGACACACCCCCUCUGAGGAGCGUGGGGAUAGGCCCAGCCAGGUAUUAGGCUCCUGCCACCGGGAUUUCCGGAACCGGCCAUACCCCAUCAAAGCACGGAUCACCUAUUGGGGACAGCAGCUGCGCGUCUCCUUAAACAGUGGCCUCACUCCCAGUGACCCGGAUGAGGUCUGUGUUAAUGUGGGGCCCCUGCUUUUGGCCCCUGGAGGUUUCUUUGGCAUCUCAGCAGCCACCAGCACCCUUGCAGAUGACCAUGAUGUCCUGUCCUUCCUGACCUUCAGCCUGACGGAACCAGGUCCAGAGGCUUCUCAUGAGCCCUUCCUAGAGAUGGAGCAGCUCCACCUGACAAGGCAGCUGGAGGAACUGCAGGCAAAGCUGGCACGGAGCUCCAAGGCGGAUGCAACUAUGAAGCCAGACUCAGAAGCCCAGGAAGGGGGAGAAAAGCAUUUUGACCUGCAGAAGACGCUGGGCAGACACAGUCGAGUCCUACAGGCUCUCCAGGGCCUCUCAGAGCAGUUGGCCCACGCUGAAGGACAAUGGAAGAGGCAGGUGGGGUCCUCAGGUGGAGCCAGACCUGAGGAAGGCUGGCUGGUGGAUUCGAACUGUCAAAUGCCUACAAAGCCCUCUCGAGGUUUUAAUCUUGUGCUGGCUCUCCUGCAGGACUCCGCCAAGGUCAGCUCCCUGCUCCAUGGGCAGCAGACUCUACUCCAGGACCUGCAAGAGAUGAGGGCUGUUGCUUCCCAAAUGGCCUCAGAUGCUCAGGCCUUCUACCUACCUGUGGGCACCAAGCAUCACUUCCUGGAGCUGGACCAGAUGCUGAGCCUUCUGCAGAAGGACCUUCGGGACCAAGUGAAGGUGUCAGCCAAGGCUUCUCGCUCCUUGGGCCAGCCCCCAGGGACCUCCUCAUGCCUGCGGUCUGGCAUCUUUCUGUUCUUUCUCCUCAUCCAGACUAUGGGCUUCUUCAGCUAUGUACACUUCAGGCAGGAGCUGGACAAGAGUCUUCAGGAUUGUUUGUCCUUAGACAGGCUUCCUCUGGACCAUCUGCCACGUGUCUCCAGGGCUCUAGGGGUCCUGCGGAGGCAGCCUCUGUCCCCCAGCAUGCAGGCGUGA